UUUGCAGUAGUGGGGGGAGGGAGAGCUCAGGGGUUCUAGCAUUGGCCGGCUAAACCCAGGGUUGUGAGUUCAAUCCUUAGGGGGCCAUUUAGGGAACUGGGCUGAGAUCCCCUCCGUUUCUGGGCCUGGCGGGGCUUGGCUUUGCCGGUGCCGGGAGCAGCAGGGUUGCUCGGGGGCGCCCGGCCGAGUGCUGCCUCUUCCCUCGUAUUUGCUGACAGCGCAAAUAUUUAUCGGCGAAAGGGGACGCGAACGCGGCCGCCUUAUCAGCCGGCGUGGGCGAGAGUCAAUAUUUUCACCCCUCCUGUGCCUCCGUUCCCUGUGCCUCCUCGGGGAUCUCUUAUCUGCCACAGAGCAGAAUAUUUACCAAUGCCGGCCCUCCCGCCGGCUGCUUGCUACUGGAUGUCGUGCCCACCUUCCCAGGGCCAGCGGUGACUCUGUGGUCCUGGCAUGUGGCCGUCUGGAUUUGGCCUGCCGUCCCCGUGUCGACCCCAAAUGUGCUUGGAGCUGUACAGAUCUCCGACAAGUAGCUGGGUCCUGUCCCACUGGGUCCCCUUCCUUCUUAGGAGCGGCUAAGGCCGUCCCGCGGCUGACCGUGAGCCAUUCGAUCGGGCGUCUCUGGAAUGUUUUUUUUUUUUGUUUUUCAAGGUCUGGCGGGGCGGAUCCAAAGUGGGGUUUUAAGGAAAUGGGGCGACACAGUUAGAAAGGAUCCGGGUGAACGUUUUGGAUUCAAUUGUGGGUCUCCCCUCCGCCACCCCCCCAGUUUGUAAAAAUUUUCCAAAUUUCCCACAGGGGCCGGGAAACCUCCCAAAUCUGCCUCGUUACCAGCCCCGUGGAGGCCUUACAACAAAAAUCCUGGCCCGUCCUGCUUGGCUCUGUUUUCCCCCUCGUCUGAUUUUGGUGCCCUGCCAGCAGCUGGCAUGCGGUUUGUUGAUGCUUUUGCUGGUUGAUUAUGCCGGCAGACCUGGCUCCCAUUGGUCGGCCCGUUCGGCCAAUGAGAGCCGCCCCGGAACCUGGGGUUGGCCGCACCACCGUCCACGUGCGGGGCUGUGUAACACGGCGCUGACGUCACCCGGCGGGCGGCCAAUGCCGAGGCCGCCGGGCAUUACACAAGUGGGGGCAGCGUCUCUGCCGGAGCCGCCGGCGGCAUUUGGGGGGUGCCUGGCGGCGGAGGAUGCACCCUGGAGCCCUGGGCAGCCGGGAGGAGCCGGCCGGCCGUGGCGGGGUGUGCAGCGCCGACAAGAGGCAGCACCCCAGAGACGUGCCGCUGUCGCUGUUCAGCCUCCGACGCCUCCGCCCGGCUCUGCCUCUCGCCCCGAACCCUGCACCUCCCCGCGGCCCGGGGCGCGUCCCCGGCUCCCCCCCGAUCAUGAGCACCGGCUGCGAGCUGGGCCCGGCCCCCUUCGAGGGGGGGAGCGUGGGCGGGGCCGGCGCCCCCCGGCGAGGCCGGGCCGCCGACGACAUGGACGCCAACAGCAACGGCUCCAGCGGCACCGAGUCCCACGGGCGGGACUCGCUGCGCAGCGACCGCAGCAGCAGCGGGAACGGCAAGGACUCGGCCGUGCUGGAGACCACCGCGAGCAGCAAGAGCACCAACUCCCAGAGCCCGUCUCCCCCCAGCAGCUCCGUCGCCUACAGCCUGCUGAGCACCAGCUCCGAGCAGGACAACCCCUCCACCAGCGGCUGCAGCAGCGAGCAGUCCGCGCGGGUGAAGACCCAGAAGGAGCUGAUGAAGGCGCUGAAGGAGAUGAAGAUCCGGCUGCCCUCGGAGAAACGCGGCAAGGGCCAGUCGGGCACCUUGGCCUCCUUGCAGUACGCGCUGGCCUGCGUCAAGCAGGUGCAAGCCAGCCACGACUACUACCAGCAGUGGGCCGUCGCCGGGAGCCAGCCCUGCCCCCUGGACGCGGCCACGUACACCGGCGCCGAGCUGGAGGCCAUGACCGCCGAGUACACCCUCAAGAACCCCGACACGUUCGCCGUGGCCGUCUCCUUCGUCACCGGCAAGAUCCUCUACAUCUCGGACCAGGCCGCCUCCGUCCUGCACUGCAAGAGGGACGUCUUCACGGGGGCCCCCUUCGCCGACUUCCUGGCCCCCCAGGACGUCAGCAUCUUCUACGGCUCCACCGCCCCCUGCCACCUGCCCUCCUGGAGCGCCUGCACCUCGGCCACUCCGGCCGCCGUGGACUACACCCAAGAGAAAUCGGUCUUCUGCCGGAUCAGUGGAGGCCGCGGCCGCGGGCGGGAGCUCUCCUACGCCCCCUUCCGGCUCACCCCCUACCUGGCCAAGGUGCGCCCCGCGGCCGGCGCCGAGGGCCAGCCCUGCUGCCUGCUCGUCGCCGAGCGCAUCCACUCGGGAUACGAAGCUCCCCGGAUCCCGCCCGAUAAACGGAUCUUCACCACCAGACACACGCCCAGCUGCUUGUUCCAGGACGUGGACGAGAGGGCUGCCCCCCUGCUGGGUUACCUCCCCCAGGACCUGAUUGGCACCCCCGUCCUCUUCUACCUGCACCCGGAGGACAGGCCGCUCAUGCUGGCCAUCCACAAAAAAAUUCUCCAGUGCGGCGGGCAGCCCUUCGACCACUCCCCGCUCCGCUUCUGCACCCGCCACGGCGAGUACGUCACCGUCGACACCAGCUGGUCCAGCUUCGUCAACCCCUGGAGCCGCAAGGUCUCCUUCGUCAUGGGGCGCCACAAAGUCCGCACGGGUCCCCUCAACGAAGACGUCUUCACGGCCCCCAAGGCGCUGAAGAUGCGGCCGCCGGAGCCCGACGUCCAGGAGCUCUCGGAGCAGAUCCACCGGCUGCUGCUUCAGCCUGUGCACGGCAACGGCUCCGUGGGCCUCUGCAGCAGGGCCAGCAACGCCUCCCACGAGCCGUUCCUGAGCGCGGCCUCCUCCAGCGACAGCAACGGCCUCCCCGCCGAGGAGACGCCGGCCCAGCGGCCGAUGACCUUCCAGCAGUUCUGCAAGGACGUGCACAUGGUGAAGAACCAGGGCCAGCAGGUGUUUAUCGAGUCCCGCACCAAGCCGCCGGCUGCCCAGCCCCCCAGCGCAGGUCAGAGUCCUGGCCCCCCCCUCGUUCCAGGCCUGGAGACGCCCCAGGACGGCGACGGGCCAGGCAGGGAGGCCCCGUGUGAGGCGCCGCUGGGCCCGGGCCAAGUGGUCUCGUCCGAGGAGUCCGGCAGGAAGGAGCCGUCCAGUUACUCCUACCAGCAGAUCAACUGCCUGGACGGGAUCAUCAGGUAUCUGGAAAGCUGCACCGUCCCCAGCCGGGUGAAGCGGAAGUGUGGCUCCUCCUCGUACACCGGCUCCUCCAACUCCGACGACGACAAGCAGCGGGCGGCCGGCUCGGCCAAAGAUGCGGCGGAGGAAACGCUGCCGAGCCGCUCCAGGAGGGAGGAGGAGGCGCCCGCCCCGGCGGCGGGACCCGCGCUGGCCCCGCUGGCUUUGCCCAGCAAAGCCGAGAGCGUGGUGUCCCUGACCAGUCAGUGUAGCUUCAGCAGUACCAUCGUCCACGUGGGAGAUAAGAAAGCCCCGGAGUCGGACACGGCGAUGCUGGAGGAGGGCCCCGCGCCCCCCGACCGGGAGCAGUACCGCCGCGUGGGGCUCACCACGGAGGUGCUGUGCGUGCACACCCAGCAGGAGGAGCAGGCGUUCCUCACCCGCUUCCAGGAGCUCAGCCGCCUCCACGUCUUCGACGCGCCGGCCGGGCGCCGCCGGCGGGAGGGGCCGUGCGCCGAGCCAGGGCACCGCGGGCCCCGGCGCGGCGCCGGCCGGCGCGGCAAAUCCAAGGCCAAGCGCGUCAAGCAGCACCAGGCGUCCGACAGCACCGGCUCCCCGCCCGGCCCCUGGCCCCCUUCCCCGCCGUGCUGCCCGUCUUCCCGCCCAGCCAGCCGCCCACCGCCCCCCACUUCCCCGCCCCCUGGUGGCCCCCGUGGUGACCCUGGUGCUCCCCAACUACGUCCUGCCCCCGCCCUACUUCCCGGCCCCCUUUGGGGAGCCCUUCGGCCCCCGCCGGCCCGGCCCCCCCGAGGCCUCGCGCUCCGCCACCCCCGAGCGGCCCGACUCGCCCCCCUUCGACUCCCGCUGCAGCUCCCCGCUCCAGCUCGACCUCCUGCAGAUGGAGGAGGCCCCCAAGGCGGCCGAGCGGCAGGAGGCGCCCCGCGGCCCGGCGGGCGGGACGGCUGGCGCUGGUGAGCUCGGCCCCCAGAAAGAAACCUGCCUGGCGGAAACUCAGGACUCGUCGAACAACGACGCCCUGUCGAGCUCCAGCGACCUGCUGGACCUGCUGCUGCAGGAGGACUCGGGCUCCGGCACCGGCUCGGCCGCCUCGGGCAGCGGCUCCAUGCGCAGCGGCUCCAAC